ACGCCUCAACCCACCCUAACUCCCGAGCAACGCCUUGCCCUCGAGAAACAACAAUCCUUCGAGAGAUUGGGCCGCGCCGGGGCCAUCGCCGGCGUCAUCCUCUGUCCUACCAUCGCCCUCCUCCCACCGCGGAAACUCGAUCUCUACACCUUCUCGCUCGGAAUCGGAACCUAUCUGUCCGCAGACUACUUAUUGACAUCGUACACGGGUCGCGGCAUCGUGCACCGCAUAACGCCGAAAUGGAUGUACGGGUCUAGUUCCCCUUCGCCGGGAUUCCUUUCCAACCUGCCGACUGAGAAGGCAGUGGAGAUGCAGCAGCGGCUGGAAAAGGAGCGGCGGUUGAAGGAGGCGCAGGAGGCGAUUAGGGAGGGGAGGGAGUUCCCUGCUGAGCAGAAGAAGCCGAGGGGUGUAUUGCAGCGGUUUUGGAUGGGGGAUGAGGAGGAGGGGUGGCAGGAGAGGAGGUUGGAGGCGGAGAGCAAGGCGUUGGCCGAGGGGAAGGGGAUCUCGGAAUUGAUUUUGGAUCAGGUGUGGGAUGUGUGGAAUUGGGAUAAGAAGAAGGGGGAGGGU